ACUAGCGCCUACAUUCGGGCAGUCGUAUAAAGCCUAUUGGGCAGACCUCACGAAACUUUAAUUAAUAUUCAUGAGCAAUUCCUUGCCAUAGUAGGAUUCGUAAUUUCUCCAGCCGGUAGCGUACUAGCGUCAAAGACAAACGGACUUCAAAACACAAAUAAUGUCUUACACAUCCUUACAGGGUUGUUCAGUGCUGAAAAAUAUCUAGAUUAUAUCAGAGCAUAAUCAUGGAUGAGGAGGACAGCCAGGAUGAGCUGAUCAACAGGAAUGUCUCCCAUGGAAAAGGAAAAAGACCUGCCAUGUCCAUCAUCUCUGAUGACGAGGACGACUCUGAAGAUGAGGGGGAAUCAGAGGAAGGAGAAACAGGCAGCGAGGAAGAUGAUGAUGAUGAUGAAGUGGAGGAUGUCCUUGAUGGAGAGGAGGAGGAGGAAGAUGAUGAGGGUGAAAGUGAAAAUGAGGACUCCGUCAGUGUCCUGGAAGGAGCUGCAGGGAAUGUUCCUGUGGAUGCAGCUGGCCUGAGCUCAGAUGAGGACUCAGAGAAAUGCCCCAUCUGCCUGAACUCAUUCCACGAGCAGCCCGUGGCCACACCGGAGUCUUGCGAACACUACUUCUGUCUGGACUGCAUUCUGGAAUGGUCAAAGAAUGCCAACUCGUGUCCUGUGGACCGAAUAGUCUUUAAUAACAUUCUCCUGAGAAAGUGCCAUGGUGGGAAAGUUCAAAAAACAAUUGCAGUUAAGAAGCCUGUAAAACCUGGGGAGGAACAGGUGGACGUGGACCUGGAUCAGACCAGCUGUGAAGUUUGCGGGGGUCGAGACCGUGAAGAUCGUCUCCUGCUGUGUGAUGGCUGUGAUGCUGGGUAUCACAUGGAAUGUCUCACACCGCCUCUGGAUGCUGUACCUGUAGAGGAAUGGUUCUGCCCAGAGUGCAUCGCCAACAACCGCACAUCAGGUUCUGAACAAAUUAGUGAAGAGGAGAGCAGCUCUCUCCCCACCACCAGCCGUUCCCAGUCUAGACCAACCCGAGCUAUCGCACGGACCCAGCAGAGUGAACGAGUUCGGGCCAACGUCAACAGACAUCGUAUCACACAGGCACGCACAGCAGCACAGCUUGCUCCCAGAUAUAUGAUGCAGUCCACAUGGUUGGAUGAGACCAUCAAUGCUGUAGUGGCCGGACUCAACACAGCCGUGUAUGUGCGAGACUUGACUCCUCGCCCCAGACCCCGCCGGAGGAGAAAGACAGUUAAAAGAAGGAAAACCAAAAGCAAAUCCUCAGCAGUCUCAGAGGGGAAAACAACAAAAAGCAUGGGAGUGAGGAGAAGACGGAAACGCAAAGUGAGGAAGUCAAAAUUGAGAAGAAAACUGGUCAAAAAGAAGGAAACGAAUUCCAGAGGUCGUAUUGCAAGGAAUUUAGGGAUUAAGAAGCCCAAGCCCGGUUCCAUCAUUCCCUCAGUUUAUCGGCCUUCAGAGUACAGUUUAGGAAGUAUGCGGGCAGAAAUCGGUGCAGCCUCCCUCUCUGUUUACGGAGAUCCCUUUGACCUAGACCCCUUUGACGAUAGGGAGGAUGAGAUUCAAGUUCCAACACCAUCCUCUGUUCUGGAUGCCAAACGCCGUGGCCUCUCCCGUUCUGCCUUGCGGUCCCAUCAGCCUGUGGCCAGACCCAUAUCUGCCGGCCUCUCCAGGCAAGGUGUGAGUAUCCCACAGGUGGAAGCCCCUGUACCAGACCUGCUGGGGAGUAUUCUCAGUGGUCAGAGCAUGCUUCUCAUGGACAGCUCUGAUGUGGUCAUCAACAGAGAUGGUUCCCUCAAAGCAACCAAACCUGUGUCCCUGUCCUUGCCAAGGAACACUACCCCUAGAGAAUCAAGCUCAGGGGAAACCGCAAACACACCAAACUCAGAAACGAGUCCCAUCCACCCCUUUGAACAGCCUGGUCCUUCCUCUAGCCCAUUAAGGAGGUCCACACCAGUACACAAUUCUCAUGGGUCCUGUUCCACACCACAGAAUCCCACAUCUCCACCCAUACACUCUCCACUUCUUCCUCAUUCUCACCCAUCUCCUUUGGGACAGCCCCAUUUGCAUCCAGGUGCUCUUCACAGGCCCAUCACCCUAAAUCCACCAAGACCUGGAAAUGGUCACUUGAGCACUAAUGGGAUUAGAGGUCAACCCCUCUCAAGGGUGUCAAAUAGCUCUUCUGACUCUCCCCAUCAAGACAAGGAGGGUACUGCCCGACAACCGCCUGUGAGAAAGCCCCCUCCAAAGCCUGUAUGGGUGGAUGUUUCUGUAUUGCCAAGGAUACCAAAAAUUAAAAGGGACAGUACCUCCAGUGCAAAUAGUAGCAGUGACAGCAGUAGCAGUACUUUGCCUGGGUCUUCAGCGACCAGCUUAGCAGGGAAUACAGGUAGGGAACGUACCGUUGACCAGCAAGGAAUGGGUACAAGUCAGCAAAACAGGACAGUGGAUGCUCAGAGGCAAAGAGCAGACCGAACUGGUGCCUCUUCUUCAUUUUCUAGCUCUUUCACCUCCACUACAUCAUCUUUCAGUGCCUCUGCAAACUCACGCCCGUCCUCCUCCUCCGUCAGUUUCCGUAUAAACACGAGUGGAAACCCAUGGCAAGCUCGGCGACUUCCUGCAUCAGGAGGGACUCUGCCUGGGAAUGAUGAGGAAUCAUUAAAGAAGAGUAAUAAAAGUAAACAGAUACUGUUGUCUUUAAAAAGAAAAGUCAAAGAGGAGAAGUGUGAAGUCUAUGACCCCUUUAACCCUACAGGGUCUGAUUCAUCUGAUAAUGAACCAGAAGGUGAGGGUCUUGAUGUUGGCACUCAAAAUACUGAGUCUCAGGUGGCAGUUGGAGUCAAUGAGGAUGCCUGUCAUCAAAUCAAGUCUGAGCCUAUGAGUGAGGACUCAGAUAUGGAGAGAGACUCGGAAAUGUGUGCAGAAGUUAAAACAGAACCAGAUCCUUGCAGAGACGAACCGUGCAAACAAUCACCACAUCAUUCAGACACAAUCGACAGUCAGGCUACCUCAGGAGCUUCUAUAAAUUCUACUAUAUGCGAAGCUAGCAUAGAUCCUGGAAGUCAUGAAACACCAGAAAGUCCAUUUCGGAAAACUCAGGAGCACUCCAGAUCAAGCUCAUCAUGCAGUGACAGAAACGUUAAAUUGGAGGUGAAGUCUGAGCCUGAGGCUAAACCUCCACCCGUCAGGCCCCAAUCAAAGUCCCUUGAAGAGUCUCUAGCAAAUCUACAACAAGCUUCCAAAGGAAAUGGGGUGUGUAAAGAGCUACCUUCAGUCAGUGGUGCCUUUAAUGCUACUAACAUAAUGGAAAGACCUCACCAGUCCCAGUGCAAGGAUAGGAAGCGGUCCCCAUCAACCUCGCAAAGCCUUUCAUCUAAAGACUCCCAUAAAAAGAAGCACUCAAGGUCAAAAGAAAAGAGGAGGUCACGCUCAAGAUCAAGAGACCGGCGGCGAUCCCGUUCAAAAUCAAAAGAGAGGCAGCGCUCAAGAUCGAAAGAGAGAAGACGUCAACGGUCAAGAGACAGGAGGUGUUCCUCGAGUUCCAGCAGUAGAGAGAGGAAGACAAGUGGGAGAAGAGUGAGUCGUGAGAGGAAUGACAACCGAGGGAGAGAAAGACGAAAGAAGAGAUCAAAAGAAAGAAGGCGAUCUCGUUCGUUCUCUAGAUCUAGGUCCAGAGAAAGGAGGAGAACAUCAAAGGAUAAGGGUGACAAUAGGUUAAAGAGACAAAAGUCAAGAUCAAGAUCAACGUCUAGAGAGCGGAAAAGGCGAGAGGAUCGAUCAGAGACCUCUCGGCGUACGGAAAGGAGCUCCCAUAAGUCUGCAGAGCCCAUGUCUACUGAGUUACAUGAGCCCACUAUUGGUUCAGUCAAGUCUACAACGACGGUGAAGACAGAGAAAGAUGCAAGAGCACACGAAUAUGGGACUGCUUCAUUUAAACCAUCAAUUAAACAAGAGACUCGGUUGGUUGACAUCACAACUUAUGGUCUUGGGUCAUCAAGACAUAGUGACCAGACUAGAGCAGUUAAAGAAAGCAAGGAAGAGGUUUCACUUGAGCUGCUUAAGCUCAAGAAGUUGAAACAAGAGGAACCUCGGCCCAUUAGUGCUGUCAAGGAGUUGAAAGAUCUCAAAAAGGAGGAGGAUCUGGGUCUUAACUUGUAUGGAGAAUUAGAUGUUGAGAUCGCAACUCAUGGUCUUGGGUCAUCAAAACAUGGUGACCGGACUAAAACAGUUAAAGAAAGCAAGGAAAAUGUUUCACUUGAGCUGCUUAAGCCCAAAAAAUUAAAACGAGAGGAACCUCUGCCCAUUAGUGCUGUCAAGGAGUUGAAAGAUUUCAAAAAGGAGGAGGAACUCGGACUUAACUUGUAUGGAGAAUUAGAUGUUGAGAUCGCAACUCAUGGUCUUGGGUCAUCAAAACAUGGUGACCAGACUACAACAGUUAAAGAAAGCAAGGAAGAUGUUUCCUUUGAGCUGCUUAAGCCCAAAAAAAUUAAAGAAGAGGAACCUCAGCCAAUUAGCACUGUCAAGGAGUUGAAAGAUUUCAAAGAGGAGGAACUCGGCCUUAACUUGUAUGGAGAAUUAGAUGGUGACAUCACAACUCAUGGUCUUGGGUCAUCAAAACAUAGUGACCAGAUUACAACAGUUAAAGAAAGCAAGGAAGAGGUUUCGCUUGAGCUGCUUAAGCCCAAACAGUUUAAACAAGAGGAACCUUGGCCCAUUAGUGCUGUCAAGGAGUUGAAAGAUUUCAAACAGGAGGAGGAACUCGGUCUUAACUGUGGAGAAUUAUAUGGUGUUAAAGAGAUGAAAAAUGAAGAGAUGAUGUCUUUAAACAUCUUCAGCAAGGAAUCACCAAAUCGUAAUGAAAUUAAUUUGAAAAGUGUUGAUUUAGAAAAGAGCCUCACUGGCUUUCAGGAUGAAAUGCAAGUGCAAGAAAUGGUUGAGCCAAAACAGAAUAAAAUUGAGCAAAUAUGGCCUGAUGAAGAUGAUUCACCAAGCUGCCGUGACAACCCUCUUGUCAUCAGUUUGGAUACACCUGACAUAGACGCCGUGAACUGUAAAAAGGAGCCCACUGAGUCAUAUCAGUCGCCACUUUUAGAGGAGGACAUGGAGUUGUCCCCUCUCCAACCACCAGAUCCCCCAAUAAAACAAGAACCUGUUAUGUCGUCCGAUGAAGAUAUUAGCGUUGAUUACUUGAUUGAUAAUUUGGACUUCAUUAAGAAAGAAAUGAGUGAGAGCUCUGUGGCCGACUCAACAGAAGACCCCAAAUCCACCACUCCAGAGGCUCCAACAGGGAAUAAGCAAAUUACUGAAACAGUUGCAGCUGGUGCAAAGUCUAAACCACAGGGCAAAAGAGUUACUUGGAAUUUGCAGGAACCAGUAGAACCCCAGUCUGAGAAAUUAAGCAAACUUGCUCUCUUCAAACUAAAACUCAAGCAAGAAGGGUCGCGAAGGUCUGCUACAUCCCAACAAACCUCCAGUCAGGACAAAGCUUUAUCUAAGGCUGAUACAAAACUCACAGCAACAGUCUCCAGCCUUCCUCCCCAAGAUGAAUCCAGCAAACCAAAAUCCCGCAAAGAAGCUAUACAAGACCCCAAUCAGAAAGAUAAGUACAUGAAGAAACUUCAUAUGCAAGAGCGAGCAAUAGAGGAGGUCAAACUUGCAAUAAAGCCCUUUUAUCAGAAAAGAGACAUCACAAAGGAAGAGUACAAAGAGAUUUUGCGGAAAGCCGUUCAGAAGGUGUGUCAUAGCAAGAGCGGUGAGAUCAACCCGGUGAAGGUAGUUAACCUGGUCAAAGCCUAUGUGGAUAAGUAUAAACAUGCAAGAAAACACAAGAAAGAUGAAACUGGACAAAGCCAAAACGCAGAUGUCCCGAAAGACUUCCAAACUUCAGUGUGAGGUUAUACAUCCUUUUCAGACGGUAUCAUUAGCAAUCAACUGUAGAUUUGAUUACUUUUUAAUCUGCGCAUUUCUACGACGACAUAGGAAACUCUCAAGGGCUCAUUGUCUUGUUAUCAGUAAUCAAAUGAACAGUUUUGAAUGUUUGUAUGCUUUCUUUUUAAUGUAAAGAUCAUUUGAAAAUAUCUGGGCGUGUCCGAAUACAAGAUUUGUGAAAAAUCUUUACGUUGCCAUUGUUUAAAACGAGUCUUCAAGAGGGUGUUGUGUUUCUUUGCUAUUUUAAGUUUUAUCCAACAGGAAGUGUAAGUUGCUAGACAGGCUCUUACAUUGUCAGACUAAAAUAUAAAUCAUUUGUGUGAACUAAUUUAUCAUAUAUAUACACACACACACACACAAUAUGCUUGAACUUGGUAAACAUCAAAGUUUCAUCAUGAACAAUUGACCUAAUUUUUUUUUGGUAUAUGACGUACACGCAUAAGAACAUCUAGGACGUUCUGCGAUCUCUUCGAAAACUUAAAAAGAGCAUUUAUUUGAAUUUAAAAUAUUGUUCUGAUAUCUAGUCUUUAUGAGACUCUGGACUCUAUUUGGUUGACUGAUUUGUUUAAAAUCUUUUAAAGAGCCUCACCCUCAUCGAAUGGCUUUGUUGUAAAUAGGAAAACAAUACGGUCAUUUCGUGACACUCGUGAACUGGCUACAAUGGAUCUUUUCUGUUCAGUUGAAAAGUGACUGUUUAGCAGAUUUCCUUUUAAAUCAUGUCAGAUGAAUGUGUUUGCCAAUUGUUUUUCCUGAUUGCCAUUGGCGUUUUUUUUUUCUGUUAGUGAAUGACAGCUUUUACAAAUGACAUUCAGACUCGAAAAUAACCAUUUCUUUUUGCAUUACUAAAUGAAAAGCAUUGAUAAGAAAAGUUGAUUGUAAACAAUGGCUGAAAAGUGUAAUUCAAAAGGUUUUCAUUAAUUGUCAUUUUCAUUGCUUGAGAAGUGUAACUUGAUGUAACUUCAGUUGCAGAACAUGUGGCCUGUUUUCCUGUGGCAAACUGCAGAGUUGCUCUGAGAGUUGAUUCUUUUCCUGACAGAGAGGAUUCUGUUCUCUUAACUGGAGUGAACUUUAUCAUGUGAAUCCAAGCAGUCACAGAAUACAUGAUUCAUGAUGUAAAAUUGGUGCAUCCACUGUUUGUGUAAAUAAUUUUAUUAGAUUCUUUAUUUAAUAAAAAAAAAUCUCUUG